GUGGUAUUAAGUUUUUCAAUGUUUUAGCCAACAAAAUGAUUCAUUUUCCAAAAUCCAAAUUCAAGAUUUCAUGUUAUUCAGUUCACAGUCACGGGUCACACAACACAUUUUGCAAUUUGCAUGAGCAGUGGUAUCCAUAUAAGUAGGUAUAUGAUCCAUCAAAGGGAAACUACUGAAUUGUUGUUAAUGAUUAAGUCAACUACAGUCAAACCUAUGAAAUCGCCAAUCUGAAAUAACUGAGACAAAAAUUAGUAGCUACCACAAUAAAUGCCAAUUUUAACUACCUCCUCCUUGGAUCUUUUUAGUCUUUAAAUUCUAAACCAAUUCACACACACACAGAGAGGCCAGUUGUUAUGGUUUUGGUAGAGAGAGCUAGUGAUAAACGAGGGAUCAAACUAGUAAUAGAAUGCUGGCAAAGAGGGGUCCUUGAUACUGAUGUGGAUUCUCCCAAUUUGCUUAACUCUCUUGAAUCGUUCUUUUCACUUUUCUGCUACAAUCUGCCACCACUCUGCAGUGCAGUGCAGUGCAGUGCCCACUUCCUCUCUCCUCUCCUCACCCAUAGUUACAUUGCAGCUCUGCCAAAGCACCCUCCAAUUUAUGUACCUCUCUUCUCGUCUCUUUCUUCAUGCUAUACGCCAUGACAACAAAAACAACAUAAGAAAGUAGAGCAUAAAUAAAUAAAAUUAUAAGAGCCAUCUACCAACUACCACACCCCAAAAAGCAAUUAAAUCUUAAACCAUCUUCUUCUUCUUCUUCUUCUUCUUCUUCUUCUUCUUCUUCUUUGCUUCUUAUCUAUCUAAUCUCUCUUUGGUUGGGUUGGUUCCCAAGUCACAACACAAGUCGAGGAAGAACCUCAGUGGAUCUCAUUAGUUAAAUUGCAUUUAAUUUUGCUGCAUAUUAAUUAGUCUUUUCUUUUAUUAGAUGGGGGGAGUGACCCCAAGAGAGUGACAUAGAUAUGCAUUCAUGGCUUCACUUAAUUCAUAUCACUAUUUCACACCAACCACCACCUUCACCUUCCUCCUUUUACUUCUGUUGCAUCAUAUUUUAACUCCGGUUUCUUGUUACAAUAAGCCACAACCACCACCAGUUUCUCACCGGGAACUGUUAUUUGAGGAGAAAAACAGGCUGGGUUCAAUACCACCAAGCUGCCACAACAAGUGCAAUGAGUGUCAUCCAUGCAUGGCGGUUCAGGUUCCAACUUUACCUACCCACAACAACCAAGAUCUUACCAAAUCCAGAAAAAAGGGCUUGUUUAGUUCAUCUCUUGAAGGUAACCGCAACAGUAACAGGUACUCCAAUUACAAGCCACUGGGUUGGAAAUGCCACUGUGGUAACCACUUCUUCAACCCUUAGAAAAUUCAUUCCUCAAGAUUCAUCACCAGUCUCACCCUUGAUUAGUACUAUUACCCGCCUCCUAUUCUUCUUCUUUCUCCAGUGCUGCUUAAUUAAAUUAUUGCAAAAAGAUUGUAUUUUUGCUUUUAGAAAAGAAAGGGGAGGGGUGGUAUUGGUUAGGGUGACAGAAAUGCGUCACUGGCGUCAGCAUUGAUUGUGUACAUUGAAGUUUGAUACAAUUUGUACAGAGUUUGUUACAGAACUUUGUUCUGACUUGCUUCUUUAUUUA